AUGGCCGAGUCGAGAGAAUCACAGCAUUCGCUGCUUUCAGCGGACUCGCUGGAUAAUCCACCACAGCGGUCUUGGGGUCCGCUCGGUCGCUUAUCUUUCGAACAGGACUAUGUCUACCACGCUACCGAGCGUCAGUCCGAGGAUGUGGUCCGCGAUAUUGGAUUGGGGAUUUCCAAUCGUUCUGGUGACACUAUUCCUCGUUAUGAUCGCGCAUCAAUAGACAGCUCUGCGACAACAACACCGCAUUCUAUUCCCAAGACCCCGCUGUCUCCGCAUUCUCCCACGAAAUGUCCGAAUCGAACGACAGUGCUGCAAAAACGGCUUUCGUGGAUCCCGUUGACUAUCUUUGUGUUGGCUCUGUAUGCUACUAUCUUUUCGGGCAUUUAUCUCGCCAUUGCAUUGCGCAAGCCUCGAUGGAGUAAUAUCUCCAGUGGUGGACCCAUGGUGCCGUCUACUGCUAACUUGUUGAGCGCGUUCUUUGCAAAGACUAUUGAGUUGGCAUAUGUCACUGUUUGUGUGGCAUUUCUGGGCCAGGUGCUUAGCCGGCGUGCUUUGAUGACCGAUUCUCGAGGAAUUAGCAUUUCAGAUAUGAAUAUGAGAGCAUGGAUCAUGCAGCCUGGCUCCAUGAUUGUGCAUUGGGAAACUCUGCGAUACUCUGCGCUUACUUUUCUUGGUGCGAUCGCGCUUGUUGCAACAUUCGUGGCGAUGCUAUACACCACCGCCGCGCAGGCGUUAGUUGCACCCAAACUCACCCCCGGUCCCGUCGAGCCAAAGGUCUUUCACGGCCAAGUAUUCGCUAGCUUUGGCAACCCAUUUUAUCUUGCCUCAAACUGCAAAACCCCAGUCACAAACCAAAUGGACCCAGACAACCGCAACACCACAUGUCUUCAGAUCGAACACGUCGGCCACGCCUAUCAUAACUAUCAGCAAUGGAUAACGAAAUGGAGCUCCGCGGUUGCGAACAACAACGCAACUUCGACAAAUCUGCAUAACCGCCCACAGCCAACAGGCUCCCUUUGGGAUAAUACCACAGUCACAGGGAGCUGGAUCCAGAUUCAGAACAUAACAACCCUCUCGAAGAAACACAAAAGAAUGGUCAACAACAUAACAAUGGCAAUGCCGCAUGGCGGAAUCACAGCAGCAGCAAUGGACCCCCUGAACAAAAUUGAACAACCUAAAUCAGCAUCAGCAUCCGGCGAAGGAAAAUACACCCUAGAUGCCUCCGUCCCUUCUCCAGCCAUAAACGUUCUUUGCGCAGGAAUGACCGAAAAAGAACUCGAACCCCUAGUUUACUCCUCCUGGCCCGGGGGCCAAAAGUUCGACCCAACAUCUUGGAGCGUCCAACCGCCCGACGACGUCCCGCGGACCCCGUCCUGGCUCAACAGAACAGUCGUCGACGACCUCUUCGAAUUCGGCCCGAAACACGGCCAGCGCCCACCGAUCUUCGGCAAAUACCCAAAACCCUACAACACAAUCCUCAACACAACAGGUCUCUGGCCCGCAAACUCGAUCUAUCUCCUCGGCGCCUCAAACACAACAAACCCAGCAUACGUGCUCUGCUCUCUUCGCGCAAAACAAACAGGCGUCUGCUCAACUCGGUACAGCGCCGCAUCAAGUGGUGCAUUCCUCAGCUCGAUAUGCGAGCAUCCCACUAAUGAAGUACAAUAUAAUCGCCGAUAUGCAAGACGCGAGUUUGAGGAAGGUGCCUGGGAACCCGAUUACAAGAAUGUUGUGUCAGUGUGGGCGAAUGCGUUGAGUCUGGGUGCAGGUGUUUCAGAUGGCGAGGCUAGUAAUGCCCGACUGCUUAUGCAGAUGAUGCCAAAGUAUGACAACGUGACCGAUAGUUUCUCGCUUGAUCCGCGGAUGCCUUCUAUCGGAGAGGGUUUGGCGGUCAUGGCUGGGAGUACUUUGAUUCUCAGUUCGCAGGAUGCGCCGUUUGUACAGGGGUGGAAUUAUAGUCUUGCCGAGCAUAAUGUGUUGAGUGAGGGUGUUUAUCAGUAUUUUGAUGGGGAGCUUCAGGCUGUUGGCUAUGCUUCUGGGUGGACGGAGCGGUGGCAGGGGGUUUUCUAUGUUAUUCUGGUGUUUGCGUUUUUGACAAGUGCUGUUUGUUUGGGAUUUGUGAUCUUCGAGGCGAGGGGACGGCAGAUUACUGACUUUACCGAGCCGCAGAAUUUGUUUGCUUUGGCUGUCAACAGUCCGCAGACGGAGCAGUUGAAGGGGGCUUGUGGGUGUGGGCCUUGGGGGAAACAACUGAAAGAGAGAUGGUUUAUUGGGAUGGAGGAGGAGGAUGAGCAUUAUUAUAUUCGGAGUAAGAUGGAGGGGAAUACCCCGUAUCUUGGGGCUGCGGCGAGGAUGGAACAGAUGGAGGUUGAGGACGGGGCAAAGGGGUUGAGUCCUGCUGUUGAUGAAUUCCGGAAGGUGUCGAAGAGGAAUUCGUAUUUGGCGAGGUUUUAUUAA